AUGUCUAAUCAAACCCCCUACAUUGGGAGCAAAAUCAGUUUAAUAUCAAAGCUGGACAUUCGCUAUGAGGGAAUUCUGUACACGGUGGAUACGAACGAUUCAACCAUUGCGUUGGCAAAAGUGAGAUCGUUCGGUACCGAAGACCGUCCAACUCCAAACCCUGUCGAAGCUCGUGACGAUGUGUACGAGUACAUCAUUUUCAAAGCAAACGACAUCAAGGACCUUAUAGUUUGCGAGACGCCUAAAGUUGCUACUUUGGCUGGUGGACUUCCUUAUGAUCCAGCAAUCAUAUCGGUGUCGGCUCGUACUGGAUCCGCGUCCGCUAAUGAGCAGCAGGUUUCUGCCGGUUCGUCGCGUUCCGAUACUCCACACCAUCGUGGCAGUCCAAACCUUCCUCAUGGAAAUCGAGCUCCGGGUACUGGCCGCAAUGCAACGCCACGUGGAAACCGUAAUCCAAUGGCAUUAGGAAACCGACAAUUCAGUAAUGGGUAUCCUCGUGGAGGUUACAAUUACGCAGGCCAGCGUCCUCGUAAUAAUCAUAGCAUAGGGGUUCCUCGCCCCCGCGAGAAGCUGAAGUUUGAUGGCGACUACGAUUUUGAGAAAGCUAACGAGCAGUUCCAAGAGCAGUUUUCUGAUAUGUUCAAGGACAAGUUGAAGGUUGAUGGUGAGAAGAGCGAGGAAGAGCAGGCUGAAAAAGCGCCGGAAGAUACAUACUAUGACAAGAAAAGUUCGUUUUUCGACCGCAUUAGUUGUGAAGCUCUGGAGAAAGCUGAAGGAAAGAGUGGACGUCCGGACUGGAAGAAAGAGCGUGAGACAAAUCAAGAAACAUUUGGUCAUUCGGCUGUUCGCUCGUUGAACUAUCGCCGUGGAUUUGGGCAGCGUGGUAGAGGAGGACGUGGAUUUGCAAGUUAUAAUAAUUUUCGAGGUGUUUAUGGUAACGACAAUGCAAAUCAUCGCGGCAGAGGUUUUAACAGAGGCGGAUACCAACAGAAUCAGCAGAAAUGA